AUGGCAUUAACCAAGGAUAUCCUUGGUUUAGGUCGUACAAAAUCAGGUGAGCUAUCUGUUGCUCAGCGCUCAGCUAUUAUUUAUGCCCACCAGGCCGGUGCCACCCAGUCAAAGCUAGCACUCGAUUUUAGUGAUCGAACUCGCCAUUUACUUUUUAUACUCGCCCGCCGGCACCCCUUUUGGUCCUAUAAAACGCUGAGUUGUGCUAUACCUGGACAAAAAGGAAGAUUCUAA